AUGACUCAAGCUCAACAGCAGCAUCUCCGAGCCAACGGUUCGAUUACGAAGCCCUUUCGAGGGGUUCGAAAGCGAAGUUGGGGUCGCUAUGUCUCCGAGAUACGGCUACCGGGGAAGAAGACACGAGUUUGGCUUGGCUCCUUUGCCUCCCCCGAGAUGGCAGCGCGUGCCUAUGACUCGGCAGCAGCGUUUUUGAGAGGUAACUCUGCGGUGCUCAACUUCCCUGACUCUGUGAGCUCGCUCCCGCAACCGGAGUCAUGCUCGAGAGAACACAUUCAAUUGGCUGCAGCAAAGGCAGCGGCGCAAGUGAGAACGGAGACGGUGGAGGGUGGAGAUCAGCAAAGGACGAGAAGCGGAUGGAGUUCGACGAUGUUCGAGCAAGUGAAGGAAGUGCCAUUGUUGAGUCCAUUGAGGUUGGGUCUACUUGGCUUUGGACCAGCCUUGAAUGAAGAAGACCCUUCGUUGUUGUUACCAACCUAUUUCUAA